AUGUGGCAUCGCUCCUUUGAGACCAGUGAUCCUGACAAAGCCAUCUACCAAGACGCAGCUCGUCCGGACGCCAACACCGCGCCACUGCUUCGUAUUGACGGCAUCGACGGUGCCAUCACGUGGCCGCUCGCACCUGCGCACGCAGCAGCCCUCGCAGCACUUGACGCUCCCAAUGGCACACUUUUACCAACGGCCUUUGCUUUUGCGCAACUUGCUGCAUGGCGCCAGGUCGUCCAGAACGUGCUCCAUCAGGAGGUGGCCAGUGCGAUCACGGACGCCAACAUCGUUCUCUCGCACCUCGUUAUUGACGCCGUUGACACCGGCGCCGCGCUCCUCCCAACGACCAUGACGGACGAUACCUUUGGCUACACGGUUCUGCACUUGCCAUCGGCCUACGACGGCGGCGAGAUGGCAUUUCGCUAUGGCUACAUGACCGAGACAUGGACGCCCGAUAAAUGCAAAGUCGAGAUGGUCACGACCUUCCGCGAUCUCGUUCCUGCCUCAACGCCCAUCACAAGAGGAGUGCGCAUGGCACUCGUCUUCCGUCUCGACAUCAUCAAGGGAAACGAGGAUAUGUUUCCGGGGACGCGCUGCGUCAAGCACUAG